AUGGACAAUUUCAUUAACCAUCUCCUAGGGAAGCCAGACCAGAGCAUGCGGGCCAACCUGCUUGCUUCUUUCGACGACAAGAAGUUCAUGAAGGAGAUGGGCACUCAGGGAUCUGGAAGCCCUGAUUUCAAGCCUCUAAAAGAGGGCUUCAAUCCACCUUUAGCAGCCAUCAACGAAGUGGUUUGUCAGCUCACUUGCAAGGCAUUAGACACCAAAAAUUUGCGCCAAACACUGGUCUCGCUCUUUCACCAGCUGUCGAGCUUCUCAUGGGUUAAUAAGGCUCUGAUUGCCCUUUCAUCACUUGCUGUAUUCUACGGUGACUUUUGGCGACUUGCUCGGAUUGAACCAUCAGACAAGCUCGCGGAAUCUAUGGCCAUACUGAAGGGGGUGCCUGCGAUCACCAAGCCCUCAGACCUGCAAAAGAUCUCAGUUUUCGGUGUUCUCAACGAAAUGAUCAAGACCACCCUGAAUAUGACCCAAUGCAUUGUGGAUUUUGAGCAUGAAUCUAAAGAUUUUCCCCAGUUAUCUACAAUGAUUGAUGUUGCGAGCAGCGUUUAUCAGAUCAUCAUCAGCAUCCUUGCUUGCUCUAUUCAGUUCACUAGCCUCAUUAGCAUUGUUGAUGACAACAAGGGAAAAGAUCUGUCUGCCUUUGCUCGGAAAGUGAACAUGGUCCACCACAAUAUCAAACAACAUUACGAAGAUUUUUCGCAAAAAAAGGAGGAAAUUAAGGAGUAUCAGAGGCUGCUGCGAAUCAUUAAUGCCCCUACCGAUAACGUGGAGCUGAUCAAGGCCUUGCUUUACAUCAAGGAUGAUCCUCAGCCUCUCUUCAUUGGCUCAAAGAAGGAUAAGGUCGAGUCGCUCCGGAGGAAGAAUGUGUUGCUUCUGAUUUCGGACCUCCAAUUAACCUCUCAUGACCUCUCGAUCCUCAUCAAGAUCUACGAGGAGUGCAAGUUCCAUGAGGAGGGCUACGAGAUCGUGUGGGUCCCUAUUAUCGAACAAGAAUGUGAGGACGUCAUCAAACGGUUCCAGAGCCUCCAGUUGCAAAUGCCGUGGUGCUCGGUGCACUCCCUAAAACUUAUCAACCGGGUGGCCAUCAGAAUCAUUAAAGAGAAGUGGCAUUUUAAGCAAGACGCCAUUGUGACAGUACUGGAUCCACGAGGAAGAGUCUCAAACCAAAAUGCCAUGAGCAUGAUUAGAAUUUGGGGGAGGGAUGCUUUCCCUUUCACCGGUGCAGUAGCAGCAGACAUCUGGAAGAGGCCUGGCAUUAACUGGUUUGAGCUUUUAGCGAUUGACUUCAUCUUUCCGGGGAUACAGGAAGCUAUCAAGGCUGAGAAGUACAUCUUCUUGUAUGGAGCGGAAGAACCCAAGACCAUCCAGGUGAUCGAGGACUCGCUAAAGAAGAUCGAUGAAAAAGCCAUCGUCGCCUUCAAUGUCACCAAAUCGCAGUUCUUUUGGAACCGCCUCAAGAGCUGCAUGCUUUCGAAGCGGACUUGCACGAACCCAUUAUGCAGGACAUCCUCAGGCUCUACACCUGCUUCAAGAAGGACGGCGGGUUUACGGUCCUCACGAAGGGGUCGCGGGUCGUGA